AUGGCUGCCCAAUCCCGCCCAUCGAAGGGGACGGCGGGGUCGCCGCUUCGCGUUGCGACGAACUCCUUCGAGAUCGUUCGCCGUCCUAGGGCGACGUAUUACCAUUACGAUGACAUAAAACCAGAAGUCGGCAAAUCUCAUCGCGCGCAUGAGAUUAUCUACAAGUUACAGGAAGAUAACCCUCAAGUAUUUACCCCACGGGCUGUAUAUGACGGCCGUGCAAACCUCUUCUCGACAAGAAACAUCAAUUCGGGGGAGAAUCCCAGGCCGAGGGGUAUUUACUAUCAAAAUUAUGCGGGUUGCGACAAUCCGGCCGAGGCACGCCACAUCGCGAUUGUUUCUGCUAUUUUCUCAUACUACCCUAGUGACAUCGACCAACUGACCAUGCCGGGAGGCGCCGGCGCGAAUACAAAUACAAUGGCAGUCAACUUGCUACAAAUAAUAAUUCGCCAAGCACCAAAUAUACGUCAUGGAUUUAGUCCCGAUGCUCGAUCUUUCUUCACCAGCAGCCAUUCGAAAGAUCUUGCCCAAGGGCUGCAGGCGUGGCAUGGUUUUUUCCAGAGUGUUCGGCCGGUCUUAGGUCGCCUCUUGAUCAACGUUGAUGUGGCCAAUGCAGUUGUAUAUGCACCCGGACCUCUGGAGACGUUAGCAAUGAGGUUUCUCAAUCUCCGCGAUGUGCGCGAUCUCGAUCGUGUUCGUCCAGGGUCCCCCGAAUGGCAAAAGCUGCGACAAUUCCUCAAGGGGGUCUCUGUGACAUUGAAAACGACGCGAUCAGUCAGAGCGCGGCCUAUCAAAGACCUCGUGGCGCAGGGCGGACUAUUUGAAUUUGAGAAGGAUAAUAAGAUAACCACUGUUCAGGCAAGCAACAUCCUUAUCGGCGAACAUUUUCAGCAGCACCACAAUAUAAGAUUGCGCUUCCCGAAGAUUUUUGGAGUCCGUAUUGGGAAAGAUGCAGUGUUACCCGCGGAAGUGUGCACCGUUGCGCACGGCCAGGUAUAUAAGAAGAAGUUGUCACCCGAAAUGCAAAGCAAUUUUUUGAAGUUUUCGACACAAAGGCCGGACGCGCGGCUUAGACAAAUUCAGGAGGGAAUCAGUGGUCCGACCCAGGUUUUAGAUUAUGCAACAUCCCAUUUCAUUCAAGAGGCAGGUAUGGAAAUCGGGACGAUGCCCAUCAAUAUCAAUGGGCGCGUUCUUCCCACACCCUCGAUCAAGUAUCAAAAUCAAGUACUGAACCUAAUAGCGAAGUCCGGCAAAUGGAAUGUUGUUCGACAGCGUUUGGAGAAGCCCGGCACGCUCAAUGCCUGGGCGAUCGUCGUGUUCGAUCAGCAAGCGAAUACUAACGUGGUACAAGGCUUUGUCAGAAAGUUGCAGGGAAACCUCGCAAGUCUCGGGAUUACGACACGAGGGGAACCCUUCAUUGCGGAAGGCCACCCUUACCAAGUAGAAGAUUCGCUUCAACAUGCGGCAUCGCAGAGUGUUAGAGGAGCCCCUCCCGGCACGGCGCCCAGUCUGCUCCUUGUACUUUUACCUAAUAGCGCCGCCGAGAUCCGCCGGAAGGUUAAACACUGGGGUGACGUGACGGUAGGUGUGCCGACUCAGUGCAUUCGCCAGGGAAAGUGGGAACCUGCCAAGGACCAAUAUUGCAACAAUGUCGCACUGAAGCAAGUGGCACAGUCUCCUAAUAAUCAAUUUUUCAUUAAUGAUUACCUCCAGAAUCAAUGCAAAGAUCGGGGGUGUGAACUCAGUCUUGGCUACAACCUUAAUGCCAGCAGGUACCAUGGCGCCGAUGUCGGGCACCCAGGGCCCGGCGUUAAGGAUCGUCCUUCGGUGACCGGCCUUGUCGCUUCUGUCGACGCAGAGGCGACACGGUACACUGCAUACGCUGGAGUCCAGGAGCCCCGUACCGAGAUUAUCGCCAAUUUAGCAGAUAUGUUGAGAAGCGCUAUCCGCGACUUCGUAAUGUAUUGGAAAGGUAGAUAUCCGUUGAAUAUCGUGUUCUAUCGCGAUGGUGUUUCGGAAGGCGAAUAUGCCCAGGUAGCUGCGCAAGAAGUCAAUGCGAUCAAUGAGGUGCUUCUGUCGCUGCCACAGCUCAAUCCUAAGGGUGAGUGGCUCCCGGGCACGAAAGCCUACCAGCCAGGGGCCAAACCGAAGCUGGUCUUCAUCGUGGUCGGCAAAAGGCAAGUUGUGCAUCACAUCCGCUUCUUCCCAUUGCAGGCAGGAGAAGCCGACAGCUCGGGCAACUGCCCUCCGGGUUUCGUUGUAGAUGACCAGAUAACAAACGCAAUGUAUCCUGAUUUUUAUCUGCAAUCUCACAGUGGCAUUCAAGGAACGAGCCGACCGUCACAUUACAUAGUGAUCGAGAACGAGCUUGGUCUGACCGCAGACAUCUAUCAAGACCUUUCGUUUAAAUUGUGCCAUGUAUAUGCGAGUGCGACUCGUUCUGUGUCCAUUCCGGCUCCGGUUUACUACGCUGACCGUGUCUGCGCCCGCGCCGAGAACCACUUCAGCGAAAGCUUGCGUUUCGGUGAAUCUGAUGCUGGUACGACAGUUAGCGGACCGGACCCACCGUUUGAGCUGGAGCGCUGGCAAAAUGGCUUUAAUAUUGGCCGGUUGAACCGCCAAAUGUUCUUCCUGUAG